UGUGUAAAACAGCCUUAUCCGUACAACAACAUGGAAUCUUCAAUCUGUCCACAACGUUUCCGCGAUUUCACAGUAUCUCAUGUACUUCUUAGUAAGCCUGAUUGUGAUUGGAGGGUUCUGGCUACGUUGUUGUGGGAGCGUUGAGACAGGAUAGGUUGCGAUUGCCUCAUAGGAGAAUAAUUGAUAAGGAAUGAUGGACGCAGCAACUCUCACCUAUGACACUUUGCGUUUUGCUGACAUUCCCGAUUUCCCUGAAACUGCAGAGCCUGUUUGGAUACUUGGGCAGAAAUACUGUGCUCUGACAGAGAAGGACCAGCUUCUAAAUGAUAUUACAUCCAGGCUCUGGUUUACUUAUAGGAGAAACUUCCCAGCAAUAGGAGGCACAGGACCAACCUCUGACACUGGAUGGGGCUGCAUGCUGCGAUGUGGGCAGAUGAUUUUCGCACAGUCUCUACUUUGUAGACAUUUAGGUCGAGACUGGAGGUGGACAAAACAGAAACCACAAGGGGAAUACCUCAACAUUCUCCUUGCAUUUUUAGACAAAAAAGACAGUUACUACUCCAUUCAUCAGAUUGCCCAAAUGGGAGUCGGAGAAGGCAAAUAUAUUGGUCAGUGGUACGGCCCAAAUACUGUAGCGCAAGUUCUGAGGAAGCUUGCAGCAUUUGAUAGGUGGAGCUCUCUUGCUGUUCACAUAGCUAUGGACAAUACUGUUGUGAUAGAAGAAAUAAGGAGAUUGUGCAGAGCAGGUGCAGCAAGUUGUGAGGCUGGGUCACUUUGUAACGGCCAUGCUGGUGCCUCUGAAUCUGAUGCCAUGUGGAGGCCUCUUGUACUGCUCAUACCUCUACGGCUGGGACUAAGUGAAAUCAAUGAAUCCUAUAUUGAAACACUAAAGCACUGCUUCAUGCUGCCGCAAUCUUUGGGGGUCAUCGGCGGUCGACCCAAUAGCGCCCAUUAUUUCAUAGGAUUUGUAGGGGAGGAGCUGAUAUAUCUGGAUCCCCAUACAACUCAGCCAGCUGUAGAAACCAGUGACUGCAGUUUUGUAGCAGAUGAAAGCUUCCACUGUCAGCACCCCCCGUGCCGAAUGCACGUUUCUGAAAUUGACCCAUCCAUUGCAGUUGGUUUUUUCUGCUGUUCUGAAGAAGACUUUGAUGACUGGUGCCAGCAUAUUAAAAAGCUUUCUCUUCCUGGAGCUUUGCCUAUGUUUGAGGUGGUGGAGCAGCUGCCUUUACAUCUUUCAAAUCCAGAUGUGCUUAACCUUACCCCAGAUUCAUCAGAUGCUGACAGAAUGGACAGAUUUUUUGAUUCUGAAGAUGAAGAAUUUGAAAUUUUAUCUCUCUGAGAAGAGUUGCCAAUAUGUUAACUGAUCAGGAGACAGAACUUUCAUCCUCCACAGCAAAGCAGGAAAUAAGGCAGCCUUGCUGUUUAAACAGAGGAUUGCUGGAUACUUGUUACACUCCCCACUCAUGAGCUUUGUUUCUAAGGCCCGAUGAAGAUUUACAAUUGCAGAUUGCUCCAACAAUGCACCGUGUACAGUGCUACCUAUAUUUUGGCAGCAGAUUUCUGCCUUUAGCUGAUGCUCCUGAACCCAGCUGGAAUUUGAACUGAUUUCAUGCUUAGGUUCUUUUACAUUCCAUGCACAGGGAAAAUUCCACCAUAAACGUUAUAGUAAGUGUGAGCAAGAAGCAUUGCAGAGGUAGUUACAUGGGUUUUGUGUGUUUGGGGGAAGAAGUAAAAACAGGUGGUGACCUCCUUCCAGAUUAUUUUAUAAGUGAGAGAAUUUUAAAUACUUCUCAGUGUUAAUUGGGAGCUAAGUGGAUUCCUUGUAAUUAAAGUGAGCGACAGAGGAAGGAACUUACAUUGCUUUGAUUCAAAAAAUGAUUACUGUUGAGGACUGGACAGUGAUCCGCUGUACGAUUCGCUGCUAGUGAUCUCUGCGUAAUGACCUGUAUAGAUUUUUUUUUGCUAGCGAUACAGGGCGGUCUCACAAGGUAUUGCUGUGCAAUUAUGUGACCCUUGUAGAGAUAGAAGAUUAUGCUCUGUAAAUGUUAUACAAAGUUUUGUGUCCAAUUAUUCUCACAGGUAUAAUUGCUAUUGCUUUGCAGGUUUUUUUUAAUGUUCAAUCCUUCAAAUAAAUUAAAAUAUUGCACUCUUAAAGUA